GCCCGCCUGCUCGCCGCGCCGCGCUGCCGUGCCCCGGCCCCGGCCAAACUCAGUCGAGACCGAACGAUCGAGCAGGUGAGGUUACGGACGACCGAACACCCACCUGUUGUUAGGCUGUGACCGCGAGCCAACAACGAAACGAACUGAGACACAAGAGUGGUGGUGUCGAACUAGAACGAAGCUCGACGGGCCCGUGGUGCUGUUAACAGUGUAUCCUGUGUGGUUGUGAGAUGAGCUAGCGCCCCCCUCCCCCUCCCCCCGAAAAGGCACCGCGCCGGUCGGGAGGUGUUCAGCCCCUGCCAGAUGCCACCUGAGGAUUUGGAUUUUGUCUCCUCGUUCGCCGGGAUAGCCGAAGUCGUCUCCUUCUCAUAUGGGGGUGCCGUCGAAGCCGCCUGAAUCCCCAGCAGCCACACAAUGGCCACACUCGCCGCCCGAGCUCCCAGCGAGGAAAGGUUCACCCUGCCUGCGUUCGCGCCGCCGAUGCUCGGACUCGGUGCCGGCCGGCGGCGAGGGCCUGGUGGGUGACGCGUCCCGGUCUUCCCUGGACGGCGACGACUUCCGCCUCGUGUUCAUCAGCAGCGACUCCAGCUCGCGCGACGAGGACGAGCCGCACUCGGACGACGACGAGGAUGACGACGAGGACGACGACGACGUGGGCGACUGCCUGUCCACCUCGUCGGGCGGCGCAGGCCCCGCGCUGGAUGACUGCGACUGGGACUACUUCGAGCCCAGCGUGGCGGCGCGCGACGAGUCCCCGCUGUCGACGCCCACCCCCAUCGCGAUGACGCCCGUGGCGCGGCGGCAGCGCGCCAGGGCGUUUCUGGACGGGUCGCCGUCGUCGUCGGACUGCUCCAGCAGCGGCUCCAGCGUCGCCGAGGACAACGACAACGGCGUGGUGUUGGUGACCUUCCGCCAGAUCAAGGACGACGCCAAGCAAGCAGACGACGCGAGCGACAAGGUGGACGCAGCAGACGACGCGUCGGACGAUGCGGCCGAAGACGACGGCGGCAGCGAGCGGAGCAGUAGCGAAGAGACGGCCGGCGCGGCCGAGCGGCCGGGACACGAGGAGGCCGAAGACGAGAAGAGUUCGUGCGCGUCGACGUCGUCGGACGAGGACACGAACGUGGAGCUGGACAGCGUCGACAGCGUGGAAGACGACGACGAUUCCGACGACGAGGCGGUGUCCAGGACGUACCGGCUGCGCGACGGCGCCACCCUGACCCAAGAGCUGGACGACUCGAGCAGCAGCCGCAGCAGCAGUAGUGCGAGCGACGCGCUGGACGCGUGCUCUGCGCCGAGGCACGACGAGGAAGACUCGGACAGCGCGCCGUUCAGAGUGUAG